GAGGGAGCAGAAAUUCAACCUAAAUCAAUCAAAUUAUUUUACAUCCAGACUUUGAAGAAUUCUGAAUAUUUGUCUGUGAAUACAUUCUUGUCAAGACUACCAUUAGACUCUGAUCAACAUUCCAACACCGGCACCAACACGACGCCUAUACAGGAGCACCCCCCUGGACAAUUACACCCCCGGCGCCGCGGGGGAGGUGGAGGCGGUGGUGGCCUGACUCCUGUGGCUUACUCUUCAUCUAGUGACGGUGAAUUGGUACAUCUUAACCAGCAACAACAACAGCUGUUACAGGAGACGCCUGGCGUCCUGGCGACCACAGCUGGGGCCCCCACAUACCUCCCUGCCGCGGCCCUUGGGCUCGGCCUCCACCAGCACCCCUUGUUGGCCCAUGGUGGCCCUCCAGGGGGCUGUUGCGCUGUUACAACCUCCCACAACAUAGGUCGGGCCCACCCCGCCGCGCUGCACGCCGCCACCGUCGCCAGCAUGAUCAUAGAGUGUGCGGGCUGUGCCAAGCCCAUCCUGGACAAGUUCCUACUCAACGUGCUUGAGCGGACGUGGCACGCGGAGUGCGUACGCUGCUACGACUGCAGAGGCAACCUCACGGAUAAGUGCUUCAGUCGAGAAGGCAAGCUCUUCUGCAGGAAUGACUUCUUCAGGAGGUACGGCACCAAGUGCGGAGGCUGUUCUCAGGGUAUCUCUCCGAGCGACCUGGUGCGCAAGGCGCGAGACAAAGUGUUCCACCUGAACUGCUUUACGUGCAUGGUGUGUCGCAAGCAACUGAGCACGGGAGAGGAGCUCUACGUCCUGGACGACAACAAGUUCAUCUGCAAGGAAGAUUACAUCUCCGGCAAGACGCACCAAGGAUGGGUCAUACUAGGCGGACCUUCCGUGUUUUGA